AUGGCCACGCGAGGUCCUCGGAAAGACAAGGUGUGGUUAAUUGACGAAAAGGAUCUCGCACGCUCAGCCGAGACGAACGCCACCGACACCAAUGCCACCCGAGAUUAUUGCGUCAUGUUGGACAAGCGAUUUUCCGAGUCUCCUUUCAGUGACGAAGGAGAUAUUGAUAUCGCAGACUAUGGCGCGUUGCGACCAGGUGGAGCCCUCAAUCUGUUCAGCUGGGAAGCAUUUGGAUUGCUCAGUCAAUACGCGGGCGUGGGGAUUCUCAUGGGCGUGCUUGGAGCGUUGCAGUACCCCGUAUUUCACAACUACUUGCAAAUGGAGGGCUACCAAACCGCCUCGUACAGCGUGCUCAUCUCGCUCGGGUGGUCGUCCAAGAUCUUCUUUGGCAUUCUGAGCGACUGCUGCCCCAUCUUUGGGUACCAACGCCGGCCGUACAUGGUGCUGGGGUGGACUAUUUGUGCCGUGUGUUGCUUGAUCAUGGCUCUCACCCCGUUUCCAGCCCCAUACUACGGACGCGAAGACCUUGUGCGACUUGGUCGAUCCAACAUGACCCCCAAUGAACUGAAGUUUAUCAACGUCGACGCCCCCCAUAGCGGGGGCUUCUUCAUCGUGUUGUCCAUGAUUUGUUCCUUGGGCUACGUUUUGGCUGACGUGGCGGCCGACGCCAUGCUCGUCCAAUAUGCCCAACGAGAACCGGCGGCGAUCCGAGGGCGCAUCCAAACGGCAGUCUACUUCACGCGCGAUUCGUUUUCCAUGGUGCCGAUUCUAGUCGUGGGGUUCUGCAUGAACGACUUCAAGUACGGCGGGGCGUUCUCAUGGAGCAUUGGGCCCAACGUUGUGUAUGCAGCGCUGACUGUGCCUUGCUUGCUGGCAGCGUACUCUGCGUACGCGCUCAUGGCUGAAGACAAAGUCGCCAAGGUGUCGUUUCGUCACUACAUGCAUAACGCGUGGGGGCUGCUCCAGCAGCGCGUGGUGUGGCAAAUCUGCGCGUUCAAGUUCCUCCACACGCUCUCGUUUGGCUACAACUCGACGUUGAACGACCCAGUGUCGUCGAUUUGGGUCCACACACAACCCCUGGUUUCGACAGCGUUUUCGAUUGUGUAUCAGCUCUGUCGCGUGGUAGCGAUGAUCGGCAUUGGCAAGUACGCACUCAACUGGGACUGGCGACUGGCCAUGGCGGGGUCGACGUUGGUUUUCGUGAUCGUUGACUCAUUGAUGAACUUCUUGACCACGUGGGAUGUUGUGCGAGAUCAAUACAUCCAAGGCGUGGUGUACAGCUUUGCGGCGUGUCCUGUCGCCUCUAUCUUUUUGUUCAGUGGGUACCUAUUGAUCGAAAUCGCCGACGUGGGCAACGAAGGACUGGUGUUUGCCCUCCUCACCACAUGCUCCAACUUGGCCGUUCCGCUCAGCACUGUGCUGGCGAAAUCGGUGGAUUCGUACUUUGCAGCAACGAUCAAAGACAUUCAACGGGACGACAACGAGGUGCGAUGGGAAGUCAGCUAUUCGUACAUUACGACGGCCGCAUUCAAGCUGUUUUCGCUCGUGUUUUUGGUGCUCUUGCCGCGCCAAAAGGCGUACGUGGUAAUGCUCAAGCGCACCGGAAGCUUGAGUGCGUUUGCUGCUGCGUCGGUACUUGUUGUGUUUUUCGUGGGCUACACUUGGAACGUGAUGACCAACAUGCUAUCCAUUUUCCCAAGCACAAGUUGUCUGCGCAUUGCUGGGGGCAAGGGCUGUGAAAGUAGUGACCUCAUCGAGCGACGCUAG